CGCCGUCUGGGUCCAGGCCGCCUUCCACAGAAGCGCGGCGCGGCGCCCACCUCGGAGGAAGUCGCCUCCUCGCCUUCCCCUCCGCCCCUCUACUUUGCUGCCGCCAAGUGGAGACCCGCCAGGAAUCGGAUCGGCUUUCUUGGGUAUAUUUGGAGUGUUGUUCGGAAGGCUCUGAGAUGGCUGAUGGCGAUUCAUCUGACUUCACCUUCUGCAAGGUUAGUUCUGAAGAAAAUGACGGACAAUUAGGAUCUCCUAAAGCCAUUCCUGUGGCAAGUAUGUCGCUCGAGGAUGUUCAUGUUGAUCGUGCGAAAACUGCAAAGAGUGAUGGCUUGAAAGCCAAUGACUCAGAUAAAGAUAGGUCUGGUAACAGUGCUAGUGUUUCAAUACAAGACAGCAACAUGAAAGAACCAAUUACACAAACAAGUGGUGGAGCAGAAUCAAAUGUGUCGUCACAGGCAAAACCUUCAUCGAAGAAACCUGCAGUACGGAAAAAGGUUCCUUUCGAGAAGGGCUAUAGCCAAAUGGAUUGGUUAAAGCUGACACGAACACAUCCUGAUCUAGCUGGGCUCAAGGGGCAGUCAAAUCGAAGGUUAAUUUCUUUGGAAGAAGUUAAGCAGCAUAAAACUGGAGAUUGCAUUUGGACAGUUCUCAAAGGCCGUGUUUAUAAUAUUGCUCCAUACAUGAAAUUUCAUCCUGGAGGAGUUGAUAUGCUUAUGAAAGCUGCUGGAAAGGACUGCACUGCUUUGUUCAAUAAAUACCAUGCUUGGGUAAAUGCAGAGUUCCUUUUGGAGAAGUGCCUUGUCGGAUUCCUUGACCCCAACGAGUAGAUCUCAAGGUUCACGCCAUUGUGGCAUUUUACCACUUCUGCACUACUGGACUAUUUGUAUUAGGCACACUAGUCGAUGAAUUAAAGAAUGUAAAUGUUCUAUUGUAUCACAAUGAGAGUACAAUAAUUCAUUUCGUUCAAAAAAGAAAGAGAAAGAAAUAAGCUUAGUGUCUGUUCGUCCUUGUAGAUGUGAGAAAAUCCAGGGAUAUACUGGUAUGUUAAUGAGAUGCGAGGUAAAUUGCAACAAACAGUCAGAAUGAGGCCAUUGGCCAAGCCCUUGCUCCUGCAGAAUUGAAGUUAUUGUGGUUGCA